GCCUGAACGAGGGAAGGUGGACCUGCCGCACUCUGUGUGAUAUAGUGUCAAGAUUCGGAGCAGAAACUCGACUCGCAAACUGGCCUAGCUUCUAUAUUUCGUGACGUGGCCUUGCACGUGCAAGUUACCUGUAACCUGAGGCGAGUGUUGGACAGACUCCGAAAGUAUCUGUGAAAUUAUGAAGUGAAUGUUGGAUUACUUUGGAAGAGUUAUUCACCAGCUUCAUUGAGCAGUUCUUCUUGUGAUUGUGGCCAUCAUGGACCGAAACAUACCUGACGUCAGGAAUAUCUUCUACAACCCUAAGAAGGAUUCACCACCUUACGGUUUGCAGGAGGUUUGUGAGUAUGACUGUUCUCCAGGCAGUAGGAGGAAGAGAAGAGAUUUUGAUGGGAUCCCCGAUGAGUUUCUCGAGGAAGACACCAGGGAAGUAAUAGAUGAUGAACAGGAGAGGAGUGGGAUAGAGAACUCUAACCUGGAAAACAAGAAAAGUAAAACCAAGAAAAAAAACAAAUCUUAUACGGAUGUAAAUUGUACUUCAUCGGAUUAUAAUAAAAACAGUACCAAUAAAAAUGGCGACUGUGGUAGUUAUGGCACAAAGACUUUGACCGACAAAGACAUACGCCAUCUUGAGCGUCACUUGUCCAUGAAAAAAACAAUCAGAAAACAAAUCAGCAGGAACCUUGCUCAAGCAUUCGUGGAAGAUCCUAAUGCCAUCCAGUCUGACAGUCCAUCCGGUGGGUCAGCCUCUGCUGAUCAACAGUCUGGGAAGUCCACCAAUCGUAGCUUCACCUUGACGCGUGCAAAGGUGACAAAAUCUGAACAGAAUGUGCUAGAUAUGUUAAGAGAAACCAGAGAUAAUCCACAGUCCGGUCAUUCUAGUCCUUCUAACCCUUCGCCCUGUGAAGAACAAAAGAGGCACUCUCGACAGAACGGAGCGCCACAUAUGAACGACUACACCUCUGAAUCAAAGGAAAAUGCGGCUUCAGGAGACAGGUUUUCCUUUUGGAAAAUGUUCUCUAUUUGGGGAAGAGGCAAGCGCUAGGAAAGAAUUGUUUUUUGUAUGUUUGUUUUUGAAAGUGAUUGACUCUAAAGAGAGCUUUAGUGAAUUUUCCUGAAAAAAAGGCUGGUUGUUAAAAUGAUUGAAAAAAAAAAAUAGGCACGAACCUCGAAGAAGUAUUAAAGCGUGUUUACAAAUAACGACACUCGGAUAAUAACGUUCUUGCAGAGUUUUAUUGAAAGAACUAAAUACGUUUUCGUGGUUUUGGGUUCCUAUGUUUGUAUAAGUGUUUCUUUGUUCUGGAGGCUUAAGGAAACUGUUUAUGUUUUUUCUGGCCAGGUGGAGGUCGUCGUCUAGUCACUCUAAAGAUGAGUUGAUCGUUAAGCUUUCCUUUUAAGUACUCCUCUAUUAAAACAAACCACUUUUUUGGAUGUAGCCUCCAUAAAAACAACAACAUCUAAGUAGAUCAUUGAAAAACGAAUGCCUCAUACUUUAACUAUAUAUCUUUACCCAUUCUUUUAUCUCAAGAUUAUUUUUUUAAAAAGCUUCAUUUAUUCUGUCCUCGAAAGUUAUUGGUGUUUGUUGAACUUCUGGGAUUCCUCUUUACGGUACAUUUUUGAAGGAGAAAAAAUGAAAAAGAUCAUAGGUGGUAGAAUACAGUAUAGUGAACAAGUUAGAAUCCGUUGUGUACAUGAAUUUAGAUAAUUGUACUGUGUAUGUUUUCCUGUAUUACACAGAACAAUUUUUGUACAGAAAUCAUGGGUGUAUUUCCA